CUGGAGAGGCAGAGAGGAGUGACCACAGAGGCAGAGGGUGGGCGGGCUGGCCCAUGGCUGAGACCUCGCUCCCAGAGCUGGGGGGAGAUGACAAAGCCACGCCUUGCCCCAGUAUCCUGGAGCUGGAGGAGCUCCUGAGGGCAGGGAAGUCUUCUUGCAAUCGCGUGGACGAAGUUUGGCCCAACCUUUUCAUAGGAGAUGCAGCCGGUCCUUACUCCCUGCCAUGGGGCUUUGCCACUUUGCCGCCCUGGCACUGGUCCUGCUGGUGCUGCUGGAGGCUCUGGCCCAGGCAGACACACAGAAGACGGUGGGAGCCCAGUGUGGGGUCCGCCCUAGAGCCUGCUCCUCCCUCCGGUUCCUCCUGGUGCCUGCACCCCCUCUCAGCUACUGUCUUCGGCUCUCCACAGAAGCAGCAUCAAGUGUGUGGAGACAGGCAGCUGAAAGCCGGCAGCACAAACUGCCCGUCAGAGAAGUGCACAGCCUGGGCCAGAUACUCUCACAGGAUGGACUCACUGCAGAAGCAGGACCUCCGGAGGCCCAAGAUCCACAGGGCAGCCCGGGGGGCCCCGUAUCAGCCGCCCACGUUGGCUUCACUGCAGCGCUUGCUGUGGGUCCGUCAGUCUGCCACGCUGAACCACAUCAAUGAGGUCUGGCCCAGCCUCUUCCUGGGAGAUGCGUACGCAGCCCGGGACAAGAGCAAGCUGACCCAGCUGGGAAUCACCCACAUCGUGAAUGCCGCUGCAGGCAAAUUCCAGGUGGACACAGGUGCCAAGUUCUACCGCGGAAUGUCCUUGGAGUACUAUGGCAUUGAGGCCGAUGACAACCCCUUCUUUGACCUCAGUGUCUACUUUCUGCCUGUUGCUCGAUACAUCCGAGCUGCCCUCAGUCUUCCCCAAGGCACCACCUAAUGAGAAGGAGCACCUUUGAGAGGAUGGUGGGUCAAUGGAUCCAGGCCUGUCCCAGAAAUGGACACCACACGGAAGAAGUAUGUGGCCUGACUUCACUCACUCUCCAUCCAGCGUUGUCCCUCCUGAGAAGUAGCGACGUGUCUCCAGCAAGGAGAUGGUAACACACCUGGCCACCCGCACACCGCCACCACCAAGCUGCUCUGCUACCUGGGACGGGAAUGAGAAGCAGGAAGAACGGGGCCUUGGGUGCGCGUGGACCCGGUUUUCACUGGAACUCCUCCUCUUACCCAGCUGUGUGAGCCUGAGCAGAUAGUGAGCUCAUCUGAGCCUCAGGUUUCUCAAGUGUCAAAGUGGGGAGGAUUUACAGCCUUGCACAGCUCUGUUGCAAGGAUGGAAAUCAUGAAGCAGCCCAGUGCCUGGCACAUAGUAGGCACUCAGUACCAGCUUGAGCAUCUUCUCCUUCUGCUGAGACAAGCAGGGGUGCAGAAGGAAGACCUGUAUCCCCACCCUUCCUGAGUGGGCGGUGGGAGGGCUGGUCACACAGACCCCAAGAGAGACGCCAUCUUUUCCUGCAGCUUCUCAAAAAAGCAGUGGGGGGAGGUGCGUUGGUGAGGCAGGAGGACAUAACAGGGCCAUUACAGCCAGCCGGUUUCUAAAAGAUCCUCAUCUGGUUUUUCCUCACAUUCUUUUAAAGAUAUAUAUAUGAUUUACAAACUUUUGCCAAGCAGUUUUACAGAGAUAACAGGCUCUGCAUUCUAUUAUAGAUUUCCUAACUACGGUUGUCAACUUCCAUUAGGAUAUUAGGCUGUCAUGACAAAUGCAGCCCUCCUACAUAACACCCAGAUUGUCCAAUUACUACAGUAUUUGCUUAAUGAAAAGAUUCUUGCAGGCUUUCCAGAAUCCCAACUGAUCUUUAUUCAAUUUAGAGAAAAGGAGAGAAAAGUAAAAUGCCUUACAUGAAAAUUCCUCACUUCUUCCAAAAAAAGACUCUGGUGUGGUCUGGCCAAAGUAUAUGCAUGUUCAUAUAUGCACACACACACACACGUGCACACGCACACGCAUUCACACACGUAUGCAUGCACGCAUGAAGCAGGCUUAUGAGAAAAAUUUGGAGUGUCUUGGACUUUUUUUUUUUUUCUUUUCAGUUAUAGCUCAAUAAAAAUGUCCUCAUAAAAUCCUAGGUAAGUGAUUGCUUUGCCGACAGGAUGGGGCUACC